AUGUCGAGCACGGAAACAGAAACGCAGGAAGAGACGUAUGUGUCCUACCAUGACGGCGGCGUCUUCGGCAAGCGCCGCGUUUUGACGGGGAAGGCCGCGAAGCCUACUUUCAAUGCGGUGCCGAAAAUUGAUAUGCGGCGCAUUUACUCGGACAACCUGGAUGAUCGGAAGGAGCUGGCGAAAGAGGUCGGGGACGCGUGCAGGAAUGUGGGGUUCUUCUACGCGGUAAAUCAUGGUGUGGAGGAGCAGAUACUGGACGAUACGUUCUCGGCUGUCAAGCGGUUCUUCGAUCUCCCUACGGAAGUGAAGAUGGAAGUGCACAACCAGAAGACGGAGAAGUUCAGGGGGUACGAAGCAUUCCUAGAGGGCAAAUUGGAUCCCAGCACGCGCGGUGACCUCAAAGAAGGCUUCCUCAUGGGCGAAGACGCCACCGACCCCGAACAAAAGCUUCCCGUUCGCGACCUCCCUUUCAUGUCCACGCCCCGCAACCAAUGGCCCUCCCACCCCACCGCCACCUUCUUCCGCCCCGCCCUCUACACCUACUACACCGCCAUGCUCACCUUCUCCCGGCGCCUUCUGGGCAUCUUCGCCCUCGCCCUGGACCUCCCCGAGCACCACUUCGACACCAUAACCCGGCACCCCAUGACCAACGUCCGCGCCGUGCACUACCCGCCCCAGCACUCCGACGCCGACGUCGGCAUCGGCGCGCACACGGACUUCUGCUGGUUCACGCUCGUCUGCCAGUCCCGCACCGAGUACCCCGCGCUCGAGGUGCUGAAUGCGAAUGGCAUAUGGGUUCCCGUGUCUCACGAGCCGCACUCCUUUGUCGUUAACAUCGCGGAUUUCUUGAAGCUGGUCACAGGAGGCGAAUGGAUGAGCACAGUGCACAGGGUGAGGAAUAUGGGUGGAGAGGAGCGGUAUAGCAUGCCCUUUUUCUUCAGCCCGGAUGAGGAUGCGAGGGUUAGUGUGCUUGAGAGAUAUAGUAAGAAGGGCGGGAUGUAUGAGGAAUUUGGGGUUGGCGAGUAUUUCCAGAAGAGAUUGGUUGUAGAUCGGAGGACGCAUUUGGAGGGGGCGGAAGGUGGUGAGGUUAAGAGGAGUGCGGGGUAUUGA